AGUUGCUCGGAUCAAUUUUGGGCCACCUGGGCUCCGCCGCGACCCGUUGACUCUCACCGGGUCGCCGCCGGCGUUCGGCCGGACAGAGCGCCGAUCUUGAGCUCUGACACCGUGAAGCAAAGGUGUGAAAAGCGGUGGUUUUAUGUCCGCUUUGGUUUGUGCCAUCUCGGGUGCCGCUCCAGAAGAGCCUGUCUUCUCACCCAAAACUGGGCAAAUCUAUGAAAAACGGCUGAUUGAGAAGCACAUUUCGGAAUCGGGAAAAUGCCCGGUGACGAAAGAGGAACUUCAGCAGGAGGACCUUUGCGACAUGAAGGUCAACAAGGUAGUCAAACCACGACCUGCAUCAGCAACGUCCAUUCCUGGCAUGCUGACCCUCUUGCAGAGCGAGUGGGAUGCAUUGAUGUCUGAAACCUACGACCUGAAGACGAACCUGGACACGACUCGGAAGCAGCUCUCACAUGCUCUCUACCAGCACGAUGCUGCCUGUCGAGUCAUCGCUCGACUGUUGAGAGAGCGGGAUGCUGCUCGCUCACAGGUGGCACAGCUGCAGGAUCAGCUGAGCAACUCUCUCCCAACGAAUGGCAGCGUUGAGAUCCAAGAGGGCGAAACGGGUCUUUCAAGCCAAAUCGUUCAGAAGAUGGAGGAGCUCGCGCAGAACUUGGCCAAGACCCGCAAGCAGCGCAAGUUCCCGGAGCUAAGCCCGCUUGAGGAGGUCAAAAGGCUCAAAUGUGUCCAGUCGCACUCGCUCCACCAUUCUACUGCACCAGGGGUGCUUUGUGUUGAUAUCCACAAGGCAGACCCGAACAGGAUCGUUUCUGGUGGCAUGGACUGUCAGGUUCUCCUGUACAAUGCGCAGAAGCAAAAAAUGGUUCAGAAGAUGGUCGGGCACUCCAAGAAGGUCACUGCAGUCAAGCUGCAUGGGGACAAGGAGGUGAUUGUUUCGGCCUCACAGGAUGCAACGGCCAAAGUCUGGACUUGUAGCAGCCCAACGGACUGGUCAAGCCAGUACAAUUGCCUGCACACCAUCCGGAAGCACCGCUUAGACGUCACAGACUUGUCGAUCCAUCCCCUGGGAGAUUACCUGCUGACCGCGUCCCUGGACAAGUCCUGGGCGAUUCACGACUUUGCCACAGGGCGCUGUGUAAGACACAUGAAGGAUCUUGAGUCUGCAUUUCCUUGCAUGAGCUUCCACCCGGAUGGUCUCAUUGUGGCGGGUGGCACAGAGGACAAGAGUGUCAUUGUGUGGGACGUCAAGAAUGAUCAGGCCACCGUGGCAACCCUUUUGGGUCAUGAGAGUGCCGUCCAGACCUUGUCCUUCUCUGGAAAUGGAUACUACUUGGCCUCCGGCUCCAGAGAUGGGGUGGUCAAGCUUUGGGACCUGCGAAAGCCGGUGAAUCUCCAAACGAUCCAGGUCGAAGGGGGUUGCACCUCUGUGUGCUUCGAUGCUACCGGGCAGUACCUGGCGGUGUCCGGGAGCACUGUGCAGGUCUUCAACUUUGAGACGAAAACCAGCCUCACGGAGACCAUCGCAUUCAAGGAGCACACGGAUGCGGUGACGGGUCUUUGCUGGGGUCCAAAUGCCAAGACUCUCGCGUCGGUGUCAAUGGAUAAAUCCCUGAAGCUCUACUCUGCGAAGUGAGUGCAGUUUCCCGCCACUGACCGGGGAUGAGCGGUGUGAGCGAUGUGCAUGUUGCGCUGUUGAACAACGCACACGUGUAUGGGAGAGCGCACGUCUUUGCGGUAUGCAAGGGGAAAAA